AUGAACACGUUUAAUUACUCCAAUUCUCAGAAUGUUGUACAUGAGGUAGAGGGCCCUCCAGGCGACUGCGUGAGUGUCGUACGUUUUUCGCCUUCUGGAUGUCCUUAUCUUCUUCUUGGCGCGGCAUCAUGGGACAAAACUUGUCGUGUAUGGCAGGUGAGUCAGCAGCCAGGCGUGAAGGAUAUAAGAUCUCAGCCAAUGACGUUUGCCAUGAGUGAUGCACCAAUUUUGGACAUGUCAUUUUCAGCUGAUGGACGGGUAUUUUGGGGUGGAUGUAGUAAGACGGCCACAAUGUGGAAUUUAACAACCGACCAGAAAAUAACUGUUGGAUCUCACGAUCUUCCUGUAAGCUGUAUAGCCCAUGUCAGUUCGAAUACAUGUACGGAAAUUUUGAUCACUGGUAGUUGGGAUGGAAGAUUGCGUUUUUGGGAUUUGAGACAACCAGUACCUAUAAAGGAGGAAAAUUUGGGUGAACCUGUAUUUGGCUUAGAUGCGCAGCGAACUUUCCCUAUGGCCGCUUGUGUGACUGGGCGGAAAAUUCAUCUAUUUAACCUUCAAACAAUGAUGAAGACAAAUGAGCUUGAACCACCCUCUAUGAUAAAGUUUAAUCUAAGAUGUGUUGCAUGUUCUCCUCAGCAAGACGGUGUUGCAGUUGGAAGUUCGGAGGGAAGACUUGGAUAUGCCCCUCUUCAAGGUGAGGGGGCUGCCACGUUCAAGGCUCAUAUCUUGGUGGAAGAAAGUGCACUAUAUAUGUAUCAAACGAAUUUUUGCGUUAUGAGUCCCCGAAUGCCUCUUAUUGUUACUGGCGGUGGUGAUGGUAGAAUUGGUUAUUGGGACUACAAAAAACGGUCUUGUUGUGGAUAUGGGGAAGGUGAAACACGAUUGGAAAAACGUAAUAAGUCCAUUUCUGCUGGAGACAUUAGUGCUGAUGGUAGUUUACUUGCCUUUGCUCGGAGCUACGAUUGGGCAAUGGGUAAAUCUGGUUGUAUUCCAAAUGAGCCGCACAGUAUUCAUAUUCGAAAUAUGGAUUUGAAAUUGGCUACAUCACGAUAG